CAUCAGUUUAGAGAGCAAUCAUGAUUCAAGUGGACAAUUUUAAGCGGCCUUCUCCUUCACCAUCGCGGAGCUCGGUGCGGAGCGACAGCAGGGUGUUCCGGCAGCCGCGGGUCAUCACGGUGAACCGCGACGCCUCCACCACCACCAUGGUGGACGGCGAGGCCGGCGCCUCCGCCGCGCCCACCGACUGGGACCACCAUCUGCCCCACGCGCACUUCCGCUCGCGCACCUUCAGCGACGGCUUCAUAGGCAACACCAGCCUCGAGCUCCUCCUCGGCGUCGACUGCGACGCCUGCCUCGCUCUCGCCGCUCAGAGACAGUGCCUCGACAAACAUCUCGCCGAGCAUGAACUCGACCUCGUCUGCAAUUGCAACAUACAACAAAACAACUACCUGAACUGCCAUAGAGAGCCCGUCGAUCAGAGAGGCCACACCCUCAAUAUUUAUGACCUAGAGAGAAUCAAACGUGACACCGGUCGCAGUCACCUCAGCGUAGGCUCGCAUCGCAGUCUCGACCGCAAACAUACCAAAAGCAAAACUAUCGGCGUUUCCAACUACAUUUCGAAACAGUUGAUUUCCUACGACCCCACAAACACUAUCGUUCAGAAAAUAAAGAGGAAACUAUCCAACUUGAAAAAGAUUGGCGGCGAAGCGAUGUUGAAAAAACAUUCGAAUGCGGUCCAACUCGCCGAGAUAACAUCGGGUUCGUCGAGCUCGCUGAAGAAACUAUCGAUGCUGUCACUGGUCGACAAGUCGCAACGAAGAGUAAACAGCCAAAGUUGUAUUUUUAGUUCGACGAGAUUCCAGUCGAAAGACGACCUGAAAAACAAUGCCAGUACUUAUGCGAAUUUUUCAGGAAACGUGGACCAAUGUUUUGACAGACUUAAGGAUUGCGGCGUCAGUGCCGACACUAGUAGAAAGUCGACGCAAAAAAUAAUAAAAAUGAGAAGCUUCGACAAUAACGAAGAUCUCAUAACGAGGCACUCUCCCGCUGUAGAAAGUAUGAAAUUUUCCACUUUAGAUAACCGUAGUCGAUGUAGGAGUAUAAGGAGACAAAUGUCGUACAAUGAGUUCCCGAGCGAGCGGUGCAGGGAGCGGGUGCCGGAGAGCUGGUCGCGCGCCGACUCCGUCGAGGAUGCCCAUACCUUCCUGGACGCCGACGUCGCCGCCAUGUCGGCGCCGCGACCCCACGCGCACUGCACCUGCAACGCCACCCUCGACAACAGAAUACCAUCAAUAUAUUACGAUACACAGGGUAAAAAGCGCAGCGCGCCCGCCCCAGACGUGACGGAGCGCAGCUCGCAGCGCGCGCCCGCGUGCAGCGCGUGCAAGGCGCAGUGGGUGCCCACCGGCACUGCUUCUACCACCAGCCACAGUUCCACCACCACCGGCAACUCUUCGCGCUUCUCAGUGUGGCACCGGCGUUGGUGCUGCGUGGCGGUGCUGGUGUUGGUAGCAGGUACUGCAUGCGUGGCGGGCCCCCUGGCACUACGGGCCCCGCCGGGGGCCCCACUACACGAAAGACUCCGGCUGGCAGAGCGCCUGCUGCACGACACGCCCCUGGUCGACGGACACAACGAUCUACCCUGGAACAUAAGGAAGUUCUUGCACAAUAGGAUAAAAGAUUUUAGGUUUGACGAAGACCUGCGGACGAUAUCACCGUGGGCCACAAGCUCGUGGUCACACACUGACUUACCACGGCUAAAACAAGGAAGGAUAGCGGCACAGUUCUGGGCGGCGUACGUGCCGUGCGACGCGCAGCAUCGCGACGCCGUGCAGCUCACCUUCGAGCAGAUAGACCUCAUCCAGCGCCUCACCGACAAGUACCACCCGCAGCUCACUCUCUGCACCUCCGCGGAUGAUAUACUAACUGCCCAUGCCAACCAUAGGCUGUGUUCUUUGGUGGGCGUGGAGGGGGGCCACGCCAUCGGCGGCUCGCUGGGAGUCCUGCGGACGCUUUACCAAGUGGGGGUCCGGUACCUGACCCUCACUUCUACGUGCGACACCCCUUGGGCCGAGUGCGCCUCUGCCGACCGCCCAGAGCCAUCGCCGCGCGGUGGCCUCACGCACUUUGGAAAGGUGGUGGUCAAAGAGAUGAACCGCAUAGGCAUGCUGGUGGACCUCUCGCACGUGUCAGAGCGCACGAUGCGCGACGCGCUAGCGGUGUCACGCGCGCCGGUGCUUUUCUCGCACUCGUCUGCGCGCGCGCUGUGCAACGUCACACGAAACGUGCCCGACGCGGUGCUGCGUCUGCUAGCCGCUAAUAAGGGCCUCAUCAUGGUCAACUUCUACACGUCAUUCUUGACCUGCAGGGAUACAGCGACUGUGCAAGACGCGAUUGCUCAUAUAAACCACAUCCGUGACGUCGCGGGCGUGGACAGCGUGGGGCUAGGCGCGGGCUACGAUGGAAUAAACUACACACCGCAAGGCCUAGAAGACGUGUCAUCAUACCCGCUACUGUUCGCGGAGCUGAUGGAAGACGGCUGGAGCAUAGAGGAGCUGCGCAAGCUGGCGGGGCUGAAUCUGCUGCGCGUGCUCACGGCGGCCGAGCGCGUCUCGCGCGAGCUGGCAACAGCGCACGUGCUGCCCUUCGAAGACGUGCCGCCUCGCGCGCUUGACGCGCACAACUGCUCCAGCCAGGACCUAUAAAGUCAUAUCGCCCUUUUACUACUAUAGUCUGGUCCGUGAGCACGUAGAAUUUUGUUC